AUGUGGAAAGGUAUCGUCAUUUUAGUGAUUUGGAUGGGUCUCGUACAGGGGGAACGGAACCAUACAGUAGCAGCGCCUCGUUAUAGAUUUGAUUUGGACACUCCGCCCGAGAAGAGAUGGGACCACAUUGUCAAAGAUUGGGAUGAUAAACUUUUACAACACUUCCUCAACGAGACACUGCAAGACUAUUUACCGGAAGCAGUUAUCCCAAUAUUGGAAACUAUCGCAAAUGCCGCGGAUCGUCUAAUACCAAGCCCCUAUAGGCAAGAAAUGGAAGGAUUUGCAAAGACCACUGGACUCAAAUUAGCUGACGUCAUCGCAUUGAACUUGGUAUAUGAAUUUAUGACGUUUUGUACCAGUAUCGUUGCGCAGAACUCAAACGGUCAGAUUUGGCAUGGACGUAAUAUGGACUACGGUUUUGUGGAUGCUCUUAGAAAUAUGACAAUAAUUGCUGACGUCACACGUAAUGGAAAAGUGAUUUAUACAGGAACUACAUUUGUUGGGUUUUGUGGAAUGUUGACUGGCAUGAGACCCAACGCAUUUAGCAUCACUGUUGAUGCCAGAGGCUCCGGAUCCAAAGCCGACUGGUGGAAAAACGCACUGGAAGCCUUCAAUGCCCUAUUUAUAGGGGGCGCUUCGUUCUCAAGUUUCCUGCCAAGAGAGGUUUUUGAGAGUGAGACAAACUACCACGACGCAGUGGAAAAACUGUCAAAGCGACAGAUCAUCGCUCCUGUCUAUUACAUUGUUGGCGGCGUCAAACCGGGAGAGGGCGCUGUUAUCACUCGUGAUCGGCUGAAAGCUAAAGAUGUUUGGAGUCUUGACCCUGACAAUGGAAGGUGGUACGUCGUUGAGACUAACUACGAUCAUUGGCUUCCACCCCCUGCUGGCGAUGAUCGAAGAGACCCUGCAAAUAAGCUUAUGAAAGCUGUUGGUCAGAAAAACGUUAACGGAUCUGCCAUAUAUGAUGUCCUAUCCACGCCACCAGUUUAUAGAUCGGCCACUGUGUAUACCGCUGUCAUGUCUGCUGUAGACCCGUCUACGUACAAGUGCUGGGCUCGUUAUGACUUCCUUCCAACAGUAAAGCCCUGGACUGAGGAUUACAACGGAAUGUAA